AUGACAAUCUGUUAUCUUCUUUCAAAAGAGCCAGGAAAACUAUCUUGUGCCAACGGCUGGAGUUUCUACAAAAACUCGUGUUUCAUGCACUCCUCCUAUGCCGUGGAACUUGAGUGGGGAGGAGCAUCCUCUUACUGCACUGACUCCUCUGCACGGCUGGCUAGAGUCUCACGCGAUUCAGAUGAUGAUACUCUGCGCUUUAUGAGUGUUCUAUCCAGGCGUUCCUUCCCGGCACCCCUCCCUAAUCCUUUGACCGUUUGGGUUGGAUCCCCUUUGUGGAAUCACCUCACCCACAGUUCUUCAAUGCACCAAUACCAACAGGGUAGGAUAAGCAGGUGCACAGGAUUAAAUGCAAGAAGAGGACAAUUAUCCACGUCUGCUUGUACAGAAAAAUAUACCUUUAUAUGUGAACGAGUAUUGCCAGGUGUCCCUAAAGGCGUUUCUAUCGAAUAUAUGAACUCUUCUGCUGUCCGUGUGGGAUGGAAUUUGCCUUUUCCUGGUAGCAACGUAACAAAUCAUUAUGUGGAAUUGUCUAUUGCACCCGGGAAUGUUAUCAAACGGCAAUCAUCGUACGGAAAACAAUCAGUCAUUUUCACACGUCUCCUGAGCAACACACAAUAUAAAGUGCGAGUACAAGCCGAGAAUGCCGCGGGGAAUGGGUCGAGUUCACAGUAUGUAUCGUUCAAGACGAAUGAAAAUGUUCCGGUCAUUUACACCCCAGCAAAGAACAACCAAGUGAUUGCUGGUCACUCUGUCACACUUCGGUGUGGUCAGCCGCACCAGACCGUCCAGUGGUACAGAGACAAAAGCAAUGUACCCCUAAACGUCGGUGGCCAAGAACUAACCAUUCACAGCGUUUCCUCAAAGGAUGAAGGUACCUACCAUUGUCAGGUGGAUAAUGGUCUGAGAGUGUCCAUGAAAGUCCUGGUUGUUGAGCAUCCUGUUAUAACUGAAGUUAAAGGAAUUAUUCUUAAACAAAACGACAAAGCAAUGAUGAAAAGAGAGCUUCUGCUGCUUUGCAACACGGCAAACAGACAUCCGCUAAAGUACGCAUGGUUUAAAGAUGAUGAACCGCUGAUUAAUGGAGAGGACUCAGUUAAAGUUUCCUUGCAAGACGAUGAAACCAAAUACACAUGUCAUGUGUCAAACAUAGCCGGAAAAACUUCCAGAUCCUUGGUCAUCNNNNUUCUAUCUUUUGAAGAAGUAUCAGAGGUCGGUCACGGUACCGAUCGCUCCUUGUUAACCAAUUUGGUCAUCGUCAUUGCUGUUUUGUCCGUUCUCCUCAUAAUCUGCUCUGUUGUGGGUUUUACCCACAGAAAGAUCACAAAGUUAAUAACUGAGAAAAGGAAAUCCAGAAAAUUCACAGUGCAGAGCACCUCUACUGAGAUGGCAACUGUGGAGGAAAUGGAGUCGCCGAGACCAGAGUCACGGACCGAAACUAUCACGCGUGAUAACGAUGAGGUUUUCCCAUAUGAUGUUAUAUCGGCAUGGACUGAUUCAAACGGGCUUUACAUGAGCUUGAGACGCGAGGGAAACGAUGGCGAACUUGAAGGUGCCACGCAAGUUGCAAGAACUGACUAUACUAACAUUUCCCCUAGCAAUCGUAACGAUAGCGCAGCUAAUUGCAUGUACGCCCCAUUGAUUCAUACUGCAGGAUUGCAAAGUGCUAGAGAAAUGAAACGUCCAUACGUGAACGUGGACACCAUAGAGACUUCAUCAGAUAUGUAGA